AUGAAAUUAAUCACUGCUCUCGGUCUCAUCACCAAUGGGGUUAUCGCCAUUGAUUUACAAUUUAACCUCCAAUCCCUCCAAUCCGUACUCAAGCACGAGACACAAUCGGCCAAACCAAAUAUCCUCUUCGUCAUCACUGAUGACCAAGACCUUCAACUCGACUCUAUAUCCUACACGCCCCUGAUCUCAAAACACAUCCGCGACCAGGGUACCUUUUUCCGCAACCAUUUCGUCACCACAGCCCUAUGCUGUCCGUCGCGCGUGAGUUUAUGGACCGGUCGCCAGGCACAUAAUACAAAUGUAACGGACGUCAGUCCACCCUACGGCGGAUAUCCCAAAUUCGUCGAACGAGGCUUCAAUGAUGAUUUCCUCCCGCUUUGGCUACAAGAUGCGGGCUAUGAUACGUAUUACACCGGCAAAAUGUUUAACGCCCAUACCGUGGACAAUUACCACAGCCCCCACAUCAAUGGAUUUAACGGAUCGGAUUUCCUUCUCGAUCCGUAUACUUAUUCUUACCUCAAUUCGACUUACCAGCGAGACCAUGAACCACCGGUCAGCCAUGAGGGUGAACACACCAUCGAUGUGAUCACGGGGAAAGCACUGGGUUUCCUCGACGAUGCUUUGGCUGGAGAGAGACCGUUCUUCCUGGCUGUAUCGCCCGUCGCGCCACACUCGAAUAUCGAUCUGGGCGAUGUGGCGGCGGGCAAGAUUUACAUGUCUGCUCCCAUCCCCCUGGAACGACACGAACAUUUGUUCCAGGACGUCACGGUACCUCGCACCGCGAACUUCAAUCCGGACCAGCCAAGUGGGGUGAGUUGGAUUCACGACCUGCCCUUGCAGAACCAGUCGGUAAUCGACUAUAACGAUCACUUUUAUCGGUCGCGUCUGCGCGCUUUGCAGGGUGUUGAUGAAUUAGUAGAUGGGCUUGUCACCCGGCUGGAGGAGAGCGGCCAGCUGGAUAAUACUUAUAUCAUCUAUACCUCGGAUAAUGGGUUCCAUAUUGGCCAGCACAGACUCCCGCCCGGGAAGACUUGCGGGUUUGAGGAGGAUAUUCGUGUUCCCUUGUUCAUUCGUGGACCGGGUGUAGCCAAGGGAGAUGUGCAGGAUGCCGUGACUACUCAUGUAGACUUGGCGCCGACCUUUUUCCAUCUUGCGGGGAUUCCAGCCAGGGACGAUUUUGAUGGUACUGCGAUUCCUGUGACGCCUGCGUUUGAUGGUGAGCGGCAUGAACAUGUUACAGUGGAAUACUGGGGUUCUGCUGUUAUGGAAGGUGUUUAUAGUGGUAUUGGCCCCGAAGGCUCAACCUUGAUCCCGAACAACACCUACAAAUCCGUCCGCUUACUGGGAGAGGGCUACAAUCUGUACUACUCGGUCUGGUGCAACAACGAACAUGAGCUGUACGAUUUGUCGACCGACCCGUACCAGCUUAAUAAUCUGUACCCGACAAGCUCCCAAGCUAAUCCCAAUGAACCUCGAAUUCUCGGUCGCAGCUUGACACAAGCUAUCAAUCGACUCGACGCUAUUUUGAUGGUCCUCAAAUCUUGCCAGGGUGUGACUUGCAUCCGGCCUUGGGAUGUCCUGCAACCGGUAGACCCAGUUAGCACUCUUCAAGAUGCCUUGGACGAGCAGUAUGAUGGCUUCUAUGGUGCACAGCCUCAGGUCUUGUUUGACUGGUGUGAUGCGGGAUAUAUCGUUGCCGCUGAAGGUCCUCAGGUGCCUUUGACUAGUCGACACGGCGUGUCUUGGGAUGUGUGGGUGUAA